AUGUCUAGGCCAACUUCAUCCGGCGAGCCUCGCUCCCGGCCGACAUCAUACCAUGAUCCUCCAUCCCCCGGGUUUCACGCCGAUGAUGUCCCCGUUGAAGUCUUGGUCCAGCACCUCCUGGCCGCCAAGCAAUCGCUCUCUUCGAUGGCUCUCGUCCUGCGCGCCAACGACUUGUCGACCAACGCCCGCCAAAUGCACGAGGACUCGGUUGUGCUGAGCGCCCAGACCGGUUUUCUACGUCGGCUUAUUGAUGAUGAGGUGCGGGUAUUGCAAAAGCUCCGGCGGGGGAUGGAGCAUGCGCACAAACGCGCUCGGCGCGAGUUUGGGAGGCUCAUCCACGCGCUCGAUGUCUCCAACGAGAAGCUCGAGAACACGAUGCGGAUGCUGCGGGAGACGCGAGUCGACCCCAUAUUUCGCCCACCAGGCGAGGAAGGCAAGUUUCUGAUAGAUUUUGCCGACGUGGACAGCGUCGAGGCGAUGCGCGAUACCUUAAAAGGGAGCAUCGCCGAAUUGCAGGCCGCCCAAACAUCAUACGACGGCGACCUCCUCCGUUUCGACAACGACCUCCGAUUGCUCAACAAGAGCACAGCCGCCGCGCCCUCGACCGACUCGCCCUCUUCAUCUGCCGCCUAUCAGCCGAUCCCCCACCUGCUUGCCGCUCUCGCCGACCACUCCGAGGCGAUGGCACAGCACCUGGCGUCUCUUACAAACCACUUCGACAUGUGCGUUAAAGCAGUCCGUGCAACCGAAGGGGGCGCCGCCCUCGCACGCCGCCGCGCAGCCGAAGCGACCGACGACGGCGAGCCCGUGUCGAUAUCCGGUUUUAUAACAGAACAAGAAUCACACCUCACCGAGCUGGAACCGAUGGACCCGCAGGAGCUGGUGGAGAUUGUACAAGUAGUCAUGGAAGACGCCCCCGAGGUGGACGAGGUCGUGGCCGAGAUCCAGGCGGUGCUGCAGCAGGCAGAGCAGGAUUUUGACACGCUCAAAGAGCAAGCUGGCCGGAUUGGCGGCACGUGGACGGCCACGCUCGGUGCCUUCCAGGUGCUCGACGAUAUCGGAGCGCGACUGCGAAGCUAUGUAGCGGCCGAGCACGAGUUCGAGCAGCGCUGGGAGGCGGAGAAGGACGUCAUCUACGCGAAGCUCCAGGAGAUGGAUGGGCUGAAGGUGUUUUACGAGGGGGUACGCGAGGGCUUACAGCAGUCUGAUGCUGGAGGCGGAGAGGCGGCGGGGCGUAGAGGAAACAAGAUCCGCAAUACGCUGCGCAAGGCGAAGGAGAAUGUGGACAACCUCGUCGAGGCGGAUCGAAAGCAGCGGGAGUAUUUCCGGCAGGAAGUCGGAGAGUUCCUACCGACGGAUCUCUGGGUGGGUAUGAACAACCCGUUGCAGCGAUGGGAGCUGGCGCCAGUCCAGGGGGGUGGGGCUGCUUCCCAAUCGCAAGACGAGUUGGUCACGCCCACGGUGGCGAGGCCGUCUACGGGCAAGGCACCGGUGCGGUGA